AUGCCCGCUGGAGGCAACGGAGCUGCAGGAACAGCACCGUUGUCAGCCGCAGCAAGCACCUUCGUGCCCUCCGCUGCUGCUGCUGCUACUACUACUACAACGUCGUCCGCCCCUUCCGCCCGCCCUCGGUCAGGCCACCCCGAAGAUGACAACGACACAAGAAACGGCGGCAGAGGUGGCCGUAGAGCGAAGGCCAACAAUGACUGCCGCCGAAAAACCGGCCGCCGCAACGGAGGAGGGGACGGCGCCACAGCACCUCCCCACACAGAUGGCGAGGACACCCAGGCAGAGCUGCAACAGGGGAGCAACAGCAACCCCAGCAAGAGAGGAGGGUCAAAGAGGGGAGGGCGGAGUGGUUCGAAGGGUAGGGGCGGGGGCAGGGGCAGGGGGGACCGCGGUAACGCCGCUCGCAACAGAAACCCGAAUAGCAGUUCCCGCGGGGCGGGUCGCGGCGGCGGCGGCGGCGGCGGCGGCAGCGGCAGCGGAGCGGUGGAUCAGGAAGAAGAGGGAGGGCGGCCUCUUUGCAUUGUGUGCGCGAACGAGAUGGAAUAUUUCGCCGUGGGCGAGUGCAAUCACCCCGGACGGUGCUCCACGUGCGCGAUGAGGAGCCGGGUUCUCCUCAAGGACCGCUCGUGCCCCGAAUGCAAGACGGUCCAGGACAGGCUGGUCGUGGCGGAACUCCCGGCCAGCGGCGACGCCCCUCGGUUCGAAACCUUCAACCUGUGGGGAGAUUUCGCCGGGCCGGACUCGGUGUUCGACGACGAAAGCGGCAUGGUUUUCUACGCUUGCCGGGGGCAUUACGACGACCUCCUGAGGAUGAGGGACCCCUACUGUCCCGUAGCGGGCUGCAAGGGUGCUGCUGCGGGUGGGCGGGAAGGGGGGAAAGGGUGUGGCGUCGGUGGGCACGAGCUGUUUCCAAACAUAGGGGCUCUCAUGGAGCACAUGAAAGGCUUUCACCAGCGCUUCCUCUGCCAGCUCUGCCUGGAGGGCAGGCCCCUGUUUCUCUCCGAGCAGGAGGUAUUCACCGCGUCAGGCCUCCGAAAGCACGAAGCUAAGGUGGAGGGGGGGCACCCCCUCUGCCGAUUCUGCAACAAGCGGUAUUUCCGCGGAGAGCCCCAGCUCCGGGACCACUUGAGGACCUCCCACUUCUUGUGCGACAGGGGAGCCUGCCGACAGCGCGGCGUCGUCAGCGCGUUCAACACACCUUCGGGGUUUCAGGCACAUCUGUUGGAGGACCACGGGAUCACCGACCGCCGCGCCGCGUCAGCGGGAGGCGUCGGCUUCAACGUUCGCCGCGCGGCCCGCGAUGGCACAGGCCUCCACACCUCCUACAACUCCGUGGCUGACGCCACGACGCCGACAGCACCAGGGGAGUCUCUCGCCGCUCCCGACCCCGAACUCGACCUCGCUGGAGGCGUCGUGGUCCCCGUGCCUUUAACCCGGGGACGCGAGUCAACCGUCCCCUCCCCCGGUACGACUCCCGCCGGAAGAACCAGAAACUUACCGAGCGGUGGUGGGAGCACUGCUGCUGAUCCCUUGCAGGAGGCGUUUCCGUCUCUGCCGACCGCGCCGCCGCGGUCCUCCGGCGGCAGCGGCGCAGGCGGCGCGGGCGGCGCCCGGCAGGAGCGGCACGCGCUCUCCCUGGUGGGGAAGAACAUCAGGCCGGAUCACCAGAGGCGGGGCGGCGGAAGGGCGGGAGGCGGGGCGCCGACAGAUUCGAGCGUCUCCAGCAGGGGUCGCGGCGGCGGCGGCCACGGCUCCGAGGAAGAGGAGAAGGAAAAACGGCAGCUCUUGCGGAACAAGCGCCUCGCUGACGCCCUCGGCAUCAGGGCGGCUCUCGGAGCGGGCGCCGCCAUCGGUGGGGCAAAGGUCGGAACGACAGCAAGCGGGGCGACGGUGGCCAUGGGCAUCGGCGACGGGCUGGAUGCGAUUCGAGAGCACCUGACGAGGACCAACUACUCAACCUACCUCGUGUCCUGGGCAAGGGCCAACCGUGCGGAGCUGGGCAAGCUGGAACGACGGCUCGCCGAGCUGGUGUCCGAUCCCAAGGGAACAAGCUCUCAACUCAAGCCGAUGCCGUCGCUUGACAGGAAGGCCGCGCACGAGCUGGCGGCACAUUACGGCCUCGUGACCCAGUCGUACGACCUCGAGCCGAAGCGAUACGUCUCCGUCAUCAAGCAAAAGGGUUGUCGGCUCCCUACUAGACUUCUCAGCAGCGCCGCCCGCGACCCGAGCUACACGGGCACGGACGAGGUUCCAGCGACGGAGGGCGGUGGUGCAGCUCCGGUAAAGCCGGCAUUGGAAAGGACCACGACAAAUCCUAACCCUCGCGCGACAAGCCUCCUGGGACCAGCGUCAACACCAUCCGGGGGCAAGGGCAGCGACCAUCCUCCGCCGGAGGCAGCUCCGUCUUUGGGAGGAGGAGGUGGCCCCCGGACAUCGACAGUGACGUCAAUCUCGAGCGCGGACCCGCUGGCGGUGGAUCCGGUUGCGGCUGCGGAGGCGGCGGCUGCGGCGGCCAACAACGCUAAGGCUGACGGCAAGAAGACGUACUUUCAGCGGAGCAAGAGGCGCGGAGUUCCGCCGCCUUCCUCCUCGGCAAGGCCGGCCACGGCAACAGCAGCACCCGCAGUCAAGGCGGCGACUGUCCUCGCCGAGCCAUCCCGGCAGGACCGGGAUGAGAAGGAAGACGCGGCGGCGGCGGAGGAGGAGCUCAAGGGGCCGGAAAACAGCAACGACAGCGUUCCCGGGAAACCCAAGAAAUCAGGUUCAGCGAGCGGCAGCGGCAGUCUCCCAGAGGCCGUCAAGAGCGCUGCUGGCGCUCCCAGCGGUGACGGCGGGCGGAACCGGGGCAACGGCGCCGGGCCCGGUGGAGCCGCAGCGGUGGGCCCCGACAACCCCGAGUGUCUCCUGGUGUUCCACUCGGUGAAGGCGGGUCUCGGGGGCGGGGACGCUGUCCUGGCGUCGGUCAGAACGCUCGUCCCUGCCAGGACUGUCGUUGGGGUUCGACCGGCCACUGCCACGGAGGUGUCGGUGGCGGGGGUGCAGGGGCACCGCGGGGGCGGGAGCUCUGUGGGGAGUACCCUCGUCAUGGAGUUCUCCAGCGCGCUGAAUGCAAGGCGCGCGUGGGAGGAGGUCGAGAAAGAGGCGGAGCAACUAGUCGCAGCGGCCCGGGUUACCCGGACGGACCACCACGCCCCCUUCCGGGCCAAGCUUUACCCUUCUGCUCCCCCUGUCGAUGAUGGUGGUGGUAGUGGUGGUAGUGGUGGUGGUGGUGGCUUGGUCGACGUUGUCCGUGACAACUGGGAUGACUCCUCGGAGGACGAGGAUGAGGAACCUGUGGACGGAGCAAGAGAUAGCGUUAGAGACGAAGGAGGAGACGACGAGACAGAACGGAAUGAGGAGCCGCGGUUGCAAGACAGCCACGAAGAUGAAGACCAGGCCCAAGGGGAAGCGGCACUCCAAGUGGGGCAACUCGGCGAUCAGGGGGAGACUCUCGCGACCUUCCGACGGUCGGGCGACGACGGUGGAGCAGGAGGCGGCCGCCCGCCAAGAACGCCUCGAGAAGCUGAGGCGUAUGGAGGAAGCACGGCGAGAGAACCGGCAGAGGAGGGACCAGGACAGGAGAGCUGAGCGCGCAGACGCGGGUAAACUCGAAGCGCACUCCUUCAUGUGGGAAAACCUUGGGGAAAGCUCUUCGGAAAGCUCUUCUUUGGGAGACAACAGCGACGACGAUGGCCAAGAACAAAUUCUAGAAGCAGAGUCGACCGAAGCCGCGGCAGCGGCCGCUGCGGCAGCAGCAGCAGCGGCAGCAGCAGUAGCGGAGGUAGGUUCUCUAAAGGCGGUUGUUGAGAGCGGGGACAGCUCGAUACCAUCCCCCGUUGUCCCGGAAGGAGACGGAGACGGUUGGCCGUGUGGGGUGUGCACUUUUUGGAACUCGAACGGGAAGGGCGGAGAGGGGACGGAUGCCGACCCCCCCCGGUGCGGGGUGUGUGAGGCGGAAGGGCCGCGGAAUGCCCAUUCGCCCUGGCUUCCGGCGUGAUUCCAAGACGUGCUUCAGCAAAGCUCGUUCGCCUUGGCUUCCGGCGUGAUUUCCAAGACGUGCUUUAGGAACCAAAACGACGGGGCAUGCCUUGCACAGGGGUUUUAAUGCGUGCGACUACGCAUGGGAACAACUCAUCAGUGCGGUAGAAGGCGUAAAAGACCAUAGGGCACGGAGGCACGGAGAUCGCGCUUGGAGGAAGACUGAUGUCGUGGAUAGGGCGCCCUUUUGGGGGCGGCAUAGAUUACACCUGGUCGUUCGACCAGGUACCCAACACUGCCCACACAACUCUUCAUUUUCAGCACUUCGAAGAAACGAUUUAUGAACGGACGGCGGUCUGCGCGUGUCCUACGGUGUG